AACAAUGGAUGAGAGACACUCUGUGAUCUGUUUACUUCUCGGCCUGUGGCUUUAUGCCAAACGCAGGUCCGAAGAAAGUCGGGAAAGGUUGCGGGCGGCGAGACAGAACACCUUGGCAAAGUAUCGGAGAGUUUGGGAAACCAUCCUGCAAUACGAAGCCGAGGAGCGGAGGAGACGAAGAAGACGCCGUAUGUGGCUCUCGCUAAACGAUACCGCUCCAACCCGUCGCUCUGGGCGCAUAACAGAAACUCUUAAGUGGUGGGAUGUUGUUGUCCCUGGCUUCACCAAUGAGGAGUGGCUGCAGAACUUCAGGAUGGCUGAAGAAACCUCUUGUGCAAGAAAGUGCGUACAGCAAUGGAGAGACGACACACCACUUUCCGCCUGUGUUUGCCGUUCAAGAAGAGAGUGGCUAUUGCUAUGUGGAAGCUUGCUACUGGCUCGGAGUACAAGGAUAUUGGAGAGCGCUUUGGAGUCGGCAUCACUACUGUGCAGCGGUGUGUGCUGGAGUUUUGUACUGCGGCAGAGACGCUGUUGGUGCCAGAGCAAAUCCGUUUUCCAGGUGAAGCCCGGUUCAGAGAUAUUGCCAGGCACUUUGAGAACACAUGGGGGUUCCCACACUGCUAUUGAUAGUUUCCGUAUACCCAUCACCACCCCACACGACUGUCUUGAUUCUCUGUGAUGGACCGGGGUUAUUCUGGAACAUGUUUGCUGCCCUGUCUGGUAGUUUCGGUGAUGCUCGGGUCCUGAGACUGUCCACACUGUGGGACCUCCCGGGGAAACCUAUUUCCAUCUGACAUCAGAGAUAUCAACGGAGUGGCUACUGGCUAUUACAUCCUUGGAAACACCGCUUAUCCCAGGACUGGCUUUUGAAGCGGUUACGUGACAACGGACCUCUGACUGAAGGUCAGCUCGUGUUCAACCAGGUCUUCAGUCAAAGACAUGAGGUUGUCGAAAAAGCCUUUGGUAGGCUGGCAGGAAGGUGGCGCUGCCUUCUCAAAAGGAUCGACUGCGGCAUCCACUUGGUCAAUUCCGUGCUGCUGACCUGCUGCGCCUUGCAAUAUUUAUGUGAAAGUCGUGGAGAGACUUUCAAUAGCACAUGGGAAGUCCGUGCUACAGCGUUUGAGUGCCUUCCAAGGUGAGGAAGAGGCCGACGAAGGAAAGGAUUUAAGAAAUGCUCUGAUGCAGCUCAUGUGUUCUCACACAUAACCAGGAACUGAAGCGUUGGAAAUGAUUCACUUUCUGUAGAAUGUCAUUGUUUCUGAGUUGCGUUCCAAAUAUUUCUGGGUUGCAGGUGGGCAUCCAAUUGUUACGGAUGCAUUAGCUGUCUGAAGGUGUGUUUUCUAAAUGAAGAUUGUCUAUUUUUUCACGCCUGUUCACUUUAUUCAAGAGUAAUAACAUUUGUUUUCAUCUUCAAAUAAAUGACCAAUGUGGGCAUUUACAUCGUACACAAAGGCUGAAAGUUGUUUUUCCACCAUUCUCACAUUUUGUUAGGUAGUGCAAA